AUGUGGUUUGUAUAUGGAGGACAUCCCAUACGAUUUUCCAUGAGAGGGUUUGCCAUUUUAACAGGGCUUAACUGCAACCCAUACCCGCCGGAACAGGAGAUCGAGAAGAUGCAAACGCCACGGCGCAAGGAUGAAACGUAUUGGACAAAACUGUUUGGUCCUCAUAGCUCUAUGAGUAUUCGGGACAUUGUAGAUUGGUUGAAGCGGGACAAAAGGUUGCCUAAGCCUAAAAGAAUGGAUGGUCAGAAGAGACUAAGACUUGCACUCCUUGUCAUAGUUGAGGGUAUCCUUGUCUGCGACUCCUCCAACGUAAGAGCCUCGAGGAAGGUCGUUCAGAUGCUUGAAGACAUCAAUUCCUUUGACAGCUUCCCCUGGGGUCGUCUAUCAUUCGAGCGGACAAUGGUUACUGUAUCUGUGGGUUCUGUCAACAAAUCCGCUGAUGAACUUGCACAGAAACUUAUGCAAUCCCACACUGCUACCCAUGGCUUCACACUAGCCAUCCAGUUGCUCAUACUCCAAGCCGUCCCUCUGCUCCAGAACUAUCUCCUAGGGCCCGAUGAUUCUGAGACAUUCGCUUUCCGAUCUGUUUCCCAACUCACUAUGUGCAAGACGUUCCAUAAUUCAACAAUCCUUGAGACGGAGCUGGACGAAAAGCUCCAAGUUGAAUCUAUAUUAAAAAUGGACCACACCCUUGAGUUAGGCACCAUUACAUGGGGUGACGAGGUGGAAGAUGAACGAGUUGAUUUUCUUUGCGAGGUUAUAAAAGACGGCCACAUCUUCAAGGCUGAGUCCUGGCAUGGAGGUUUCAGUAAUCUCCCAUCGAUGGUUAAGUCUGCGGCUGCCAACGUUAAGAGAGAGCCUGGCGCAGCCACUGCUCCCAACCAGAAGAAGCCCGCUCCAACUAAACGCAAGGCCAAGAGUGGGAAGACCACCCCACCUGUGGACGAUGAACCGCCUAUCAAUGGACCCGUUCCAACACUCACAGCACAGGAGCUUCUUGAUGAAAUAGAUCGGAGGAACCAUGAGCACACUGCAAAAAUUGAGCAUGCUAAUUUAUUGGAUGAGAUUAACAAGUCAGCAUGGCCUGGCUACGGCCCUGACAUUGUCGACAUCCUCCGGAGCAUUAAUGGAGAAGCUGUUGAGAAGAGAGACGUCGACAUGGGGGGUAGCACAGCCCCAGAGGACGAGAAUGCUGUCCACAACACUGACUCACCCACCGAAGUCGAUGACGGACCAGUUCAGGUAUCUGUAGAGGAACCAGAUUCCAAGGAUGACGGGCAGGAAGACAUUAUUAAUUGUUCACAACCCCACACCACCGGAUCUGAAGAGGUCACGGCAUCUUCCAAUGAAGUCUCUUCAGACAAUUCGGACCAGGGAGACGACGACGUGCCCGGUAAUCCACGAGCGCAGGAGGACAAGAAUGCAAACCUUGUCUCAGAUGGAAACCCAGUGGACGACAGUCCUGUCCACCGCCCUGCAUCCAUAAACCCUGGAUUACUUGUUCAGGUCUCUGUUGCGGAAGAAGACUCCAAGGACGGCGGAGAGGAAAAUACCAGCGAAGAUUCUUCAGACAACUUAGGAGAUGAACAGGACGUCGAAGAGGAGAUAGACGACGCUGUAGUAGAGGUGGACCUAACUGACCCCAAGCCUGACAUGGCGUGA